ACAAAAUAUCCCAUCCAAAGAAACUUUACCACACUCAUAUUCCCACACAAAACUCUUGCCGAUUUCUUUCCCCAAAAGUCUUAUCCUCAGAGACAGAAAGAGAAAGAAAGUUUUUCUGCUGAAAAGAAAGAUGUCAGCUACGAAAAUAACUUGUUUCCCUCCACCUCCCCUGCUCUUUUAGAUUCAUGGCAGAUACCCACCCGUGUGCUCCCCUUCCCUUCCAUUAAUGCCCCCUCCUUCAAAAUUUCGAUAUAUGUUUAAAUAUAUAUAUAUAUAAACAGAUAAAUAGCGAUUUCCUUGAUAUGCUUUUUGAGCGUUUCUGACUGUAAAAAUUCCAUGGCGGUCUUUGUGUAUCUCUACUUUUGUGUUGCUCUCUGUACCGUCCUUUUCUUCUUCUUGAUCCGCGCCUCCCGGUGCCGGAGGCUGAGGCUGCCACCGGGGAACCUCGGACUCCCUUUCAUCGGAGAGACUCUGCAACUCAUUUCCGCUUACAAGACUGAGAAUCCUGAACCCUUCAUCGAUGAGAGGGUGAGCCGGUUCGGACCCAUCUUCACAACCCACGUUUUCGGCGAACCGACCGUUUUCUCCGCCGACCCAGAGACGAACCGGUUCAUCUUGCAGAACGAAGGGAAGCUGUUUGAGUGUAGCUACCCGGCCUCGAUAUCGAACCUGCUGGGGAGGCACUCUUUGUUGCUCAUGAAGGGCAGUCUUCAUAAGAGAAUGCAUUCCCUCACCAUGAGCUUCGCCAACUCCUCGAUCAUUAGGGACCAUCUUUUGGUUGAUAUAGACCGCUUGAUCCGGCUCAAUUUGGACUCUUGGACCGGCCGGGUCUUUCUCAUGGAGGAGGCCAAGAAGAUAACAUUUGAAUUAACAGUGAAGCAGCUGAUGAGCUUUGAUCCAUGUGAAUGGACUGAGAGUCUAAGGAAGGAGUACGUGCUUGUCAUUGAAGGCUUCUUCACCGUCGCUUUGCCUAUCUUCACCACCUACCGGCGUGCCAUCAAAGCAAGAACUAAGGUGGCAGAGGCAUUGAGCUUGAUAGUGAGGCAAAGAAGGAAAGAGAGUGAAGCGGGAGAGAGAAAGGAGGACAUGUUAGGAGCCCUCUUGGCCGGAGACGACGGUUUCUCCGAUGAGCAGAUUGUCGACUUCUUACUGGCUCUGCUUGUCGCGGGCUACGAGACAACCUCCACUAUCAUGACUCUUGCUGUUAAGUUCCUCACCGAGACUCCUCUUGCCCUGGCUCAGCUCAAGGAAGAGCACGACCAAAUUAGGGCAAAGAAGAGUGAGAUCGAGGCUCUUGAAUGGGUUGAUUAUAAGUCCAUGCCAUUCACUCAAUGUGUUGUCAAUGAAACUCUGCGCAUGGCAAACAUAAUCGGCGGGAUAUUCAGGCGAUCGAUGACGGACAUCCAUAUAAAGGGUUACACAAUUCCUAAAGGAUGGAAGGUUUUUGCAUCCUUUCGGGCUGUGCAUUUGGACCAUCACCACUUCAAAGACGCUCGCACUUUUAAUCCAUGGAGAUGGCAGGACAACUCGGGAGCAACAAGCCCAGGGAAUGUUUUCACCCCAUUUGGAGGAGGGCCGCGGUUGUGCCCUGGUUAUGAGCUUGCUAGAGUAGAACUCUCCGUCUUCCUUCACCACCUCGUCACCCGUUUGAGUUGGAAUCCUGCUGAAGAAGAUAAGCUGGUUUUCUUCCCGACCACCCGGACGCAGAAGCGAUAUCCGAUCUAUGUGCAGCGUCGAAAUGUGUCUAAGCUGUGUAAAGAGUAAGAGAGAGUGAAUAUGUACAAGAGCUGUAAUCCCUUUGAUGCCCAGUAAUAAUAAAAAAAAAUAUCAAGUUGUUAGCU